UUGACCUCACGUGGAUGUCGGAGUCAAGCGCGUGUGGUUAUUUGCAGAGGCACCACUUUGUGGCAGAGGUGAAGAUGUCGUCUGUAAGGUUGUACACAAAGGGUAUAUUUGUGGGGUACAAGAGGAGUCUGCGUAACCAGCGGACGCACACAGCUCUGCUGAAACUGGAGGGAGUGACAGAGAAGAGUGAAACACCGUUCUACCUCGGGAAGCGGGUGGCCUACGUGUACCAUGCCCAUCGCAAGUCUAAGCAACGAGGAGAGAAGAAACCGAGCAAGUAUCGCGUGGUCUGGGGCAGAAUCAUGCGUUCUCACGGCAACAGCGGCAUCGUGAGGGCAAAGUUCAAGCACAACCUCCCGCCAAGAGCCAUGGGUGCCACAAUGAGAGUGAAGAUGAGCGUGAAGCAUUUCGUGUUCGGAGGUAUCGCCUCUCUCACCGCUGAAAUGGGGACGUUCCCCCUGGAUACGACGAAGACUCGACUGCAGGUCCAGGGCCAACAGAGGGACGCUGUGUGUCGGGAGUCGAGAUAUCGCGGCAUGACGCAUGCCCUCCUACGCAUUGCCAGAGAGGAAGGGGUCAGAGCACUAUAUGGAGGCAUAGCUCCUGCACUACUGAGACAAGCAUCCUACGGUACACUGAAGAUAGGGCUCUACCACUAUCUGAAGAAGAUAAAUCCAGCAGAAGAGACAGUACUGAUGAAUGUAUUGGCCGGGAUGACUAGUGGAGCCAUCGCUUCAGCCAUUGCAAACCCCACGGACGUUCUAAAGGUUAGGAUGCAGAGUGCGUCUGACGCGGCUUACUCGCAGAGAAAAAGCUGUGCAAAGUACUUUCAGCAGAUUUACAGGGAAGAAGGUGUACAUGGACUAUACAGAGGAGUGGUACCAACUGCAAACAGAGCUAUGGUGGUGGCCGGGGUGCUGCUUCCGUCGUACGACUUCUUCAAAGACCAGUUCCUUCGCAGUGGUUACAUGUCUGACACCACUUUCACGCACUUAUGGCGAGCUACUCUUAUAUAGCCGUUAGAACUCUUUACAUGCACUCUCUCUCCCCUCCUCUAUCUGUCCUGCUUCCUCUUCCCCAUCUAGUGCCAGUUUCCUAGCUGGGCUAAUGGGUACUGCAGCCUCCAAUCCCAUUGACGUAAUAAAAAGUCGAAUGAUGAACCAGAGAGUAAACCUCGGGAAUACACAAGUUCACAUCUAUGCAAACUCCCUAGACUGCCUUCUGAUAACAUUGAGAACAGAAGGACCAGCCGCACUAUAUCGAGGUUUCAUUCCAGCUUACCUCAGACUAGGGCCUUGGAACAUUAUUUUUUUUCUCACUUACGAAAAGUUAAAACGGGUGUUCUAAAGAUUCAGCUGAGCAAUCACUUACCAAGACCAGUUUCACAGGAUUAUAAUUACACAAACACUCCAAGAUUUAUUCAGUCAUUUUUGUUAUUCUUAUUUAUUGCAGCAACACUUUACUCGUGUGUCAUUUUAUCGCCUAUCAUAGUGUGUUGACAAUAAUGUCUAUAAAUCUACUCAU